AUGAGAUACAUGCAGAUAGCUUCUGAACUACAGAUUUAUGUAGAUCAGAGAUACAUGCAGAUAGCUUCUGAACUACAGAUUUAUGUAGAUCAGAGAUACAUGCAGAUAGCUUCUGAACUACAGAUUUAUGUAGAUCAGAGAUACAUGCAGAUAGCUUCUGAACUACAGAUUUAUGUAGAUCAGAGAUACAUGCAGAUAGCUUCUGAACUACAGAUUUAUGUAGAUCAGAGAUACAUGCAGAUAGCUUCUGAACUACAGAUUUAUGUAGAUCAGAGAUACAUGCAGAUAGCUUCUGAACUACAGAUUUAUGUAGAUCAGAGAUACAUGCAGAUAGCUUCUGAACUACAGAUUUAUGUAGAUCAGAGAUACAUGCAGAUAGCUUCUGAACUACAGAUUUAUGCAGAUCAGAGAUACAUGCAGAUACAUGUAGCUUCUGAACUACAGAUUUAUGUAGAUCAUAUUAAUGAGUUAUUUAACAUCCUAUAA